AGGAAGUGGGAUUCCAAACAAACGCGCUGAGCCGGUUCUCAGUUCAGGACGAGAACGGCACUCCGAACGCCCUCUCAUCAAACCGGUGCCACUACCCUCGGUUCUCGCCUCCCCAGACAAGUCGUGGGACCAUGUCGAAUAUGGAGAAACACUUAUUUAACUUGAAAUUUGCUGCCAGAGAACUUAAUAGAAAUGCCAAGAAAUGUGAUAAAGAAGAAAAGGCUGAAAAGGCCAAGAUUAAAAAGGCCAUUCAGAAGGGCAAUACAGAAGUUGCAAGAAUACAUGCUGAAAAUGCAAUCCGCCAGAAAAACCAAGCAAUUAAUUUCUUGAGAAUGAGUGCUAGGGUUGAUGCUGUAGCAGCCAGAGUUCAAACUGCAGUAACAAUGGGCAAGGUAACAAAGUCCAUGGCAGGUGUAGUUAAGUCUAUGGAUGCUACAUUGAGAAGUAUGAACUUAGAGAAGAUUUCUGCUCUGAUGGACAAAUUUGAACACCAGUUUGAAACACUGGAUGUUCAAACACAGCAAAUGGAAGACACCAUGAGUAGCACUACAACCCUAACAACACCACAAAACCAAGUGGAUAUGCUGCUUCAAGAAAUGGCAGACGAAGCUGGCCUUGAUCUCAAUAUGGAGCUACCACAGGGACAGACUGGUUCUGUUGGCACAAGUGUUGCUUCAACUGAACAGGAUGAACUAUCACAGAGACUUGCUCGCCUGCGUGAUCAAGUGUAACUUAAAGAACUGGUGCUUCUCUUUACUUCACUUGCUUCUAAAAUUUUCUUUGUGUGUAUAUAUAGAUAAGUUACACUCCGAUUAGAAUAAAAGCUCUAUAUAUGACAGAAUACUUAAACACUAUUUGUAUAGAAUGCUUUGUUUUGGCUUGCUCUGCUUUCUGAUACAUUAGGAAAUUCCAGGGAGUUUCCACUUUCACAAAUUUUAUAGUUCUAUAUAUUAUGUGUAAAAUGUGAGGGACAUAUUUUUGUAGGUGUCUUUGACAGAGCUAGCAUUAGCUUGUAUAUGAAACAUCUUCCUCAAAAAUGAAGUCAAAAUUCUGACACCAAAGUACUUAUAGAAUGAAGUACUUUAUAUAAAAUACAGUACAGAAUAAAGGUGCUUUUUUUUUAAUUCGAAGUAUAUUUUAGUCUCUGUAUACAUUGACAUGUGAUACAUAAAAGUAAAAGCAGGAAAAGCAUAUUUACUUAAUAUGUUUACAUGGCCAAAACACCUCAUUUAGCAUUAUACAAUGGACAAUGCUGUUUUUUUUUGUCUUGUGGUUUUGUUUUGCUAUCCAAACGUACAUGCAAUUUGCUUUCAAUCUGUGCUCAUCAACUUUUGAGUUUAGAUUGUCAUUGGAAUUUUUACCCAUCAGUCUAAUGACUACUAUUUGAAGUCCUUGACUUUUUAAAAAUUUUUCAUUGAUUAUUUUCUUUAUAUAAAUAGAAAAAUUCUGUAAUAUUAAAUUGAAGAAAUUAAAGUUUGCUCAUUUUUAAAAGUGUUCUCUUUGCUAAAUAUCAUUGUUGUUAAAAUCCCAGAAAAAUUUAACUCUUCAUACUUUCAAAUGAAAUUCUGAAACACGUUUAAGAUGAUUGUCCUAUUUCCACUGAACUCUUGUUAGGAUGUAUUUUAAAAGGAGGUUAAUUUGCAUUGCAUUAAUGUCUUUUACAUUUUUCCCUGGAACUCUUGUUGGUUUCAGAAAAUCUUGGCCUGUGUUUUUAAAUGAACCAACAACAAGGAAAAUAAAAUUGAACCAACUAAGUACUGGUUAAAUAUGUUCAUUUUUAAAUCUUAAAACAACUCUUUAAUAAUUUGAAGAAAUGAAGUAGAAAUAAAUAAAAUGUUUUUCUCAGCCAUGCAGAUAACUUCCAGCCCACUUGAAGUUGGGACUAUAGCAUAGGGGGUGGGGGCACCCUGAAAGUCAUGAAGUCAUAGAGAAGACGACUCUGGAAGGCCAGAGUCCUUGGGGGAAAGCAUUUGAUCUUUUCAUGACCAGUUGUACUACUCGCCAUCUCUCUAGGAAUAUUUUGCCAACUAAAAUGAACAAAUUAGCAUGUACUUGCAAUUUUCUGAUGUAACAGUCUCAGAUGUGGAGAAGUGACCAAGUAUAUUUUAGCAGGCAGACUACUAAUCUAGGUUAAGUAGAUAAAGUCUUCUUUACUUACUGCAAGAUUGAUCCAUGAAAGAAUUCCAGUGUUUCAUGAAAUUCAAUUGCAGAGCAGAUCUGUUUAGAAAGUCUUUCCAUUGUAAGCCAUGAAGGCAUUCAAAGUGCAAUUAUGGAGCCCUUUGCAAGACUCUUCUUCACUAUGUAUUCACCAUUCGUAUAUGAUGUUUCCUACUGUGAAUGACAAUGUGUAUGAGUGAAGAUGAUUUUCAUUAGUCAGUGAAAAAGAAAUUACUCUUUUGCUAAAUUUGGGUUAAACCUAUUUAACUUUCUUGGUACUUGAUUGUAUGGUGUUAACUCAAUGUGGAAGUCUUCUAUUAUAAUUGAUGUUUUAUCAUUUCUACUUUAAGUGUAAGUAUAUUUUUUGUAUUGGAACAUCCUGGGGAGCCAUAGAAGAGAUUAUUGCAGACUGAAAUACAGCUUCCUUAAUUUCCAUUGUUGGGAAUUUGUGUACUUAUGUUCUUUUGACUUGAAUAAAAAUUGUUAAAUUGUGAA